CUUUUCUAUUUUCUUCACUAUUCACGAAGUGAACUUUUCAAAAGGCUGUUAAUAGAAGAAAAAUAAGUCAAUAAUAAUAAUAAUAAAAAAAAAUAAAAAAAAGUAAGUAAAAAAGAAAACGAAAAUAAGAAUUCCAAAAUGGUUCUAUCGAAAAAGUUUGUGAUUGCUAAACAUUUUGAGGGAAUGCCAAAAUCUUCUGAUUUAGUUUUGAUUGAAGAAUUAUUACCAUUAGUAAAAAUGGGAGAAUUCAUGAUAGAGGCAGAAUAUAUUUCAAUAGAUCCUGGCAUAAGACAAUAUUCAAAUCUCCAGGCAAUUGGCGAUGUGAUGUUCGGCCUACAAUUGGGUAAAAUUGUAGUGUCAAAAAAUUCUCAAUUUCCAGUUGGCGGAAGAAUUCGUGGCUGGUAUGGUUGGAGAACGCAUACAAUAAUUGAUCCGAAAAAUUGGCAAAGACAUGAAUUUAUGUCAGAAAAACCUCGCGUUCUACCAGAUUUCGGUGAAUUCUCACCUUCAAUUGGUCUCGGUAUUUUGGGAAUGCCAGGUGAAACUGCAUAUUUUGGUCUUUUGGAGAUUUGUCAACCAAAAGCUGGUGAAACAUUAGUUGUUAGUGGAGCAGCCGGCGCUGUUGGUUCACACGUUGGACAAAUUGGCAAAAUUAAAGGUCUCAGAGUUAUUGGAAUUGCCGGAUCGGAUGAAAAAUGUAAAUGGCUUGUUGAUGAACUCAGUUUCGAUCACGCGAUUAAUUAUAAAACAGAGAAUUUAUCCGAUGCUCUAAAAAUAGCCGCACCAAAUGGUAUCGAUUGCUACUUUGACAAUGUUGGUGGUGAAAUUUCCAGCACAGUUAUAUUUCAAAUGAACGAUUUUGGACGAAUUUCUGUCUGUGGAAGUAUAUCGUGUUACAAUUCGGAACCGCAAAUUUCGCCUCUAGCAAAAAGUAUACAGUUUCCAAUUGUUUGUAAACAAUUGAAAAUGGAAGGCUUUCUUAUUCAUCGUUGGGAAAAUCGUUAUCAUGAGAGUUUUGCCAGUAAUUAUAAAUGGAUUCAAGAAAAUAAAUUAAUUUCUCGUGAGACAAUUUAUCAAGGAUUCGAAAAUACAUUUCAAGCAUUCGUUGGUGCACUAAAUGGAGAUAAUAUGGGAAAAACAAUUGUCAAAGUCGAUACUUGAGAAUUGAAAUUUAAAUUUAUGAAAAUUCAUCAAUCGCAGAAUUAUUAUCGAGAAAUUUAUGAAAAAGAAUAAUUUUAUUUUCUUUCGAUAUGCAGGCUUUGAAAUCAUCUACUGAAAUACUUCCAUUUACUACUUUUUUACGAUUUGAUACUGUAUUUGAAUAUUUAUUUUUAGUUUUCUGCCACUAAAAGUAAUGUUUUUCUUAGUCUAAUCUAUUAAAAUUUUAGUCGAUUUGAAUUUCAUUCGAUUCCAAUUUUAAACUAUGAAAACUUACUGAUAAAAAUAUUUUAAUUAAUUAAACUUACUAUACAAUAAUUAUUUUGAAAACUA